CCCAACGCUAGCCGACGCACACUACGAUAGCACGUGGCAGUACGCAACGACAGCCCGCUCGCCCGCUCAGAACGCACUCUCGCGGCUCCAUCGUGGUCGUUGUGAUGGCUUAAUCCGAUCCAAGCGUCACACACCGACCAGAAAUCCCUCAUCGAGGGUCGAUUUUCGGCGGUGGGGAGGCGGGGAGGCGAGAACGGUGAAGCGAAAAUAAGCAUUUAGCACGACCCGUUUCGGUUGCAUUCCGCUCGACACCUUCAGACGCAACGGAUCAGCGAAGCAUCCGACCCAGCAGCUUACGCGUGCUUUGCCAAGCCUUUGAAAGUGAUUUUACUCCACUCUACCUCGGCGACCAUGAAGCGAUCUUUGGCGGCGGUCCUAAUCUUUGCAGCGUUCGCUGCCAACGUGCAGGCGGUGACGGUGGACGUCUACUAUGCCCACCUUUGCCCGGACAGUGUGCGCUGGGUGCAGAAUCAGCUGCUGACAUUGAAUCCGACGCUUCUGAACGCCAUCACCCUUGACUUCAUUCCGUUCGGCAAAGCGCAGAGCGUCAACAAUGGCCAGAGCUUCAUUUGCCAGCACGGUCCGGCCGAAUGCGAGGGCAAUCGUGUGCAAUCGUGUGUGCUCAGCCUGCUGCCGACCCAGCAGGCCCAGGUGAACUACGUCGGAUGCCAGAUGAGCUUCACCGCUGAUCCACGCGGCUGGGAGUGUGCUUUCCGUUCGGGCGUUAAUCUUAACGCUGCCGAGCAAUGCGUUGAGGGUACGCAGGGAACGACCCUUCAGCUUGAGGCGGAGCGUCGCACGCAGCUCAUUACGCCGGCGUUUAUUCCAACCAUCGUGUUCAACGGCCAAUUCGACCAGGGUCUCCAGGAUCGAUCGCUGAACGACUUUGCGGGCAUUAUUUGCGAACUGGCCGGACUUACCGGAGUGGGCUGUUAAGCGUCCCCGUGUGUGUUGACUGUAUCGAGCUGACGCGUAGUGAUUAACUAUAAGAAAGUCAAUCCAACAGCCAAAUAGCCGAAAAAGAACAUUUUUAAAAUUGUACAUCACUUCAAAAUAAAAACAAAAAACAAAUAAAGUACAAAAUGUUCGCAUGAACUAGGACACGCGAAACAACUUUAA